CCCCCGCGCGGCUGGCGGCAAUGGCGGCGGGCGCGGAGCCGGAGGUGGUGUCGGCCGAGGCGGUGCUGAGGGAGCUGCGGCUCUUCGAGCUGCGCUGCGAGGACCGGGAAGGGCCCGACCGGCUGGUGGAGCUGUGCCUGACCCACGGCCUGGGCCCGGUGGCUUUGGCCAACGAACUCUUGGCCUUCGUUACCAGCAAAGACAUCGGCACCGACCUCUCGUCUGACAACCUCGACGCCUUCGAGCACGAGAUUCUCGCCAAGCGGAGCAGCCGCGUUUCCCGGAAGAGGGACAACCGCUCCGGUGGCCUCCAUGAUGUCCACUCCCUCCAGGAGCUCCUCGACGAGGAAGAGGAGGAUGAGCUCCUGGACGCCUACGCUGCGCCGGCGAAGGGGUCCCAAAAACGCGGUAAUUCCACACCGGAAACGCCGCGGCCCAAACGGAGCCUCUCGUCCCGCAGCCCUUACGCUCUCUUCUCACCCAACAGCUUCUCCCCGAGCCGCACUCCGUCUCGGAAGUACGCGGCACGCGGCAGCCGCGGUGAGGUGGUGGUCUCCUUCGGUGUCAGCCACGACCCCUCCUGGAGCGGCCGCGGCGGCCGUUGUAUUCCCAAACUUUUUGGUCUCCCGGAAGCGAAUCUCACCAAAAGCUACAAAUUCAUGUUCCAAAAAGCGUUCGACAUCCGGGAAGUCCUCUCCUAUCGGAUCGAGACGCUCGGCGAGGCGCUACGGAGCCACCACGGCCUCGAAGACUUCACCUCCGCAUCGCUCCCGGCGCAGGUGAGUCCCGACGCCUCUUUCCUGCUUUCAGAUGGGAAUUUUGGGGCAAUUCUGGCUGAUUUUUAUCCCGUUUUCCCCCAGGAGCCGGUGACGGUGCUGGGCCAGAUCAGCUGCGACAGCAACGGGAAGCUCAACGCCAACUCCGUGGUGUUGGAAUGCGACCAGGAACAUGGCUCCGGUGGCCCGGUGCCUCUGGAUCUCUCGGAGCUGAAGGAAUAUUCCUUCUUUCCCGGCCAGGUUGUGGCGCUGGAGGGAACCAACAGCACCGGACGGAGGAUGUUGGUUUCCAGACUCUAUGAGGGAGUGCCGCUUCCCUUCCACACUCCGACCGAGCCGGCCUCUGAGCAGCAUUUGGUUCUCGUGGCCUGUGGCCCCUUCACCACCUCCGACAGCAGCGCCUACGAACCCCUCACCGACCUCAUCGCCGUCAUCGCUCGCCACCGCCCCGACGUCUGCAUCCUGUUUGGGCCGUUUGUGGAUGCCAAACACGAGGAAGUGGAGAACUGCCAACUCCUGGGAUCCUUCGCCGAGGUCUUCAAGCUCUGCCUGAAGAUGAUAAUCGAAGGAACGCGAAGCACGGGCUCCCACCUGGUCUUUGUGCCCUCGCUGCGGGACGUCCACCACGACUUUGUAUACCCGCAGCCGCCGUUCCUCUGCCCGGAGCUCCCCAAGGACGACAAACCGCGCGUGCACUUUGUUUCGGAUCCGUGCACUCUGGAUAUCGACGGCGUUGUUUUCGGCCUCACCUCCACCGAUCUCCUCCUCCACAUGGGCGCCGAGGAGAUCAGCAGCUCAUCCGGCGUCUCGGAUAGGUUCACGCGGAUCCUCACGCACAUCCUGACGCAGAGGAGUUACUACCCGCUGUUCCCGCCCUCGGAGGAGCUCAACGUCGACUACGAGAGCUUCGACAGCUACGCCGCGUUCCCCGUCACGCCGGACAUCCUCGUUACGCCCUCGGAGCUGCGGUACUUCGUUAAGGACGUGCUGGGCUGCAUCUGCAUCAACCCGGGGCGCCUGACCAAAGGCCAGGUUGGCGGCACCUACGCUCGCCUCUACGUGCGCCGCAAGGACGCCGGGACCGACCGGAAGAGCCCCUGCAUCGCCGCUCAAGUCGUUAAAAUCUAAACCUUCACCACCGAGACCUCCACCGCCUAUAAUUAAUUGCGUCACGGGGAUUAAUUAGUGCUAAAUUACACCUUGAAGUUUGGCUAAAUCCACCCACGACGCUCCUGUUUGUCCGGAAGUCACCGUACUCCGGCCUUGUUUCCCAAGACACCGACUCCGUGCCUACCGCGGCUCCUCCUGGAAGCGCCGCUCCGCUCCUAUUCAUCACUAAUUAAUUAAUUAAGAAGCCCGAGGAAGCUUUUGGAUGAGUUUUGGAUGAGGCGGCGCAGCAGCCGGGUGGAUUUUGGACAGGGAAUGGGGCGACUUGGGAAUCGCUCACUGGAAUGAGACAACCCGUGCUCUCUCCCCUCCUCGUUAAGUUAACCUCGUUAAGUUAACGAAGUUAAUUUUCUGGCUGGAUUUACCUGCAGGAAAGAGGGCGGGAAGUGGAAUCGGGAUGUGCAGUGGAGCCAAAACCUUCCUCUUGUGGGGCUGUUGAUGUCCCGGAUUCACCUCCUGGUUGACAUCGUUUGCGUUGAGCUUCUUCAUUAUGCCACUCGCAGCUUAAUUAGUCCGAAAGUAAUUAAUUCACGGGUGGCGGGGGGGGUUGUUCCGGUGGUUUUCCGGCUUUGGGAGAGGAUGUGGCAGCUCCGGGUUUGGCUGUGGGCAAAAAAUCCACCAUUAGGUUUGGUUUGGAAGUGGUUUUCUUCGCUUUUUGCCUUAAAAUCUUUGAUGAGAAACUGAUAAUUAAUUAAAAUUAUUCCUGGUCUUCGUUUUUUGGGGG